GCGAAGUAGUCUCAUGUCCGCAGACGAUGGUACUUAGUAAUCGUCUGUGUCACGUAUCUGCAGUGAACACCAUGCAUGCGUAAUUUUGAUUGCUCACAAUGCAUGAGAUCAAAAAUCUCCAUAUUGAAGCGUACACAAGCCUGCCUGGCAAACCUGUAGACUUGAAUCGAGAUUGUCAAUUCAGACUAGGUUUGGCAGGGGCUUAAAUACAAUCCCACUCCAUCAAUGCAAUCAGUCAGACCCAUCCAAAACAUUCAAUACGAUUUCGUUGAAGGAUUGCAAUCCAAACAGAUCAGAAACCUUAACGCCUCGGGACUCAUCAACGCACAAUGUCACAGCCUACUAGAGAUAUCCCGAGCCUUCAACUAAAGAAUGGCUCCGCAAUUCCCUUGCUUGCUUACGGCACUGGCUCCGUUAUAAGCAAAGCAGCGGAUGACGGCGCCACUGACGUAAAAAUCGUCGAACACGUCCAAUCAGCCCUCAAACUUGGCUACACCCACAUCGACUGUGCUGAAGCCUACAACAAUGAGCGUGAGGUCGGCGUCGCGAUCCAGCAGAGCCAAAUAGCUCGCGAGAAGCUCUUCGUGACUACGAAGACACUGGGUUUCCAGCCCAUUGCUCAGGCGCUGGAUGCCAGUUUGCAGAAACUGCAGCUCAGUUAUGUAGACCUCUACCUUAUCCACAUCCCUUGGCUCGAGCCCACGCGCUCUCUCCGUGACGUAUGGGCCGAGAUGGAAGCCGUCAAAGCUUCGGGAAAAGCAAAAGCCAUCGGCGUCUGUAACUUCGCCAUUUCACACUUGGAGACUAUCAUAGCCGGUGCAAGCGAGAUCCCGGCGGUUAAUCAAAUCGAGUAUCACGCUUAUCUCCAACAAUCAGAGCUAUCCGCGUACUGCCAGAAAAACGGUAUAAAGGUAGAAGCUUUCGCGUCACUAGCACCGUGGAUUACCGAGGGCCCGGCGAAGGGAGUGGUGGCGGAGCUUGCGCAGAAGUAUGGAGUUGGAGAGACGGAAAUUUGCUUGAGAUGGUGUGUGCAGAAGGGGGUGCCAGUUGUGACGACGAGUUUGAAGGAGGAGAGGGUAAAAGGUUAUCUAAAGGUUUUUGAUUUUAGCCUUGAGGACAAGGAAAUUGAACAGCUGUCGAGUGUUGGGGCGAGCCAUCAUUUCAGGAAGUAUUUUGCUGACAAUUUCGCUGGGGAGGAUAAAGCAUAGAUGAUAUGAGAAAUGGAAGUUUAGUAUUUUAAGUUUCAAACUGCUGCUCUUCAAUUAUGAAACCCCAGAACAUUCAAUGUGGUUUGAUCGUAUUAAUGAAAUGUUGCGAUUGAUUAUUUUUUCCUUUGGUUUCUGAGCAGUAAUAAUAUUAGUGGCGAAUUUAUGAUUUGAUAGUCGAUUCAUGUCUGUCAAUUCGAUUUUUCCUGUGUCAAUAGUCAAAUCAAAUUAUCAAAUAGAUGAAUA